CUCAACAAGUGGUCCAUGUAUCGAGACGAGGAGCUGCUGGACCCACAGGGCUUGAUGGAACAGAGAUCCCCGGGACAGGGACAGGAACCAGGGGAGUGGAUUCCCAGCAGAGAGGGGGAACCACAGGGUCAUUGGUAUGAUAAGAUGUACUCAAUCCGAAGGCUGCCCACCAUGGUUUACCGAGAGCAACGGGAGGAAGAUGGAGUUGAAGACAUGACACAACUUGAGGAGCUUCAAGAAGGUGCUGUGAUGCUGAAUUUAAAGAAAAGGUUUGAGAGGGAGCUGAUAUAUACGUACAUAGGCAGUAUCCUGGUGUCUGUCAACCCCUAUAAGAUGUACAACAUCUACGGGACAGAUAUGGUGUUGCAGUACAAGGGCCGUGCUCUCGGAGAGAACCCUCCGCAUCUGUUCGCCAUAGCAAACACUGCCUACACCAAAAUGAUGGAUGCCAAACACAACCAGGUCAUCAUAAUCAGUGGGGAGAGUGGAUCUGGGAAAACAGAGGCCACCAAACUGGUCCUUCGCUACUUAGCAGCGAUACACCAUAAACGCAACAUUGCGCAACAGAUUGAGAUUCUCGAGGCCGCUCCUCUCCUGGAAUCUUUUGGAAAUGCCAAAACUGUACGAAAUGAUAAUUCCAGUCGUUUUGGAAAAUACGUAGAGGUCUUUUUGGAGGAUGGUGUGAUCAGUGGUGCCAUAACCUCUCAGUAUCUACUGGAGAAGUCCCGUAUUGUCUUCCAGGCCAAAGAUGAGAGGAACUAUCAUAUUUUCUAUGAGAUGCUGGCAGGUCUUCCCUCACAGCAGAGACAGGCUUUUUACCUGCAAGAGGCUGAGACCUACUAUUACCUCAACCAGGGAGGGGAUUGUGGUAUAACAGGAAAGAAUGAUGCGGAGGACUUCCUGCGUCUGCUGGCUGCCAUGGAGAUCCUCCAUUUCACCCCCAAUGACCAGUCAGCCAUCUUUAGAGUUCUGUCCUCCAUACUGCACCUGGGUAAUGUCUACUUUCAGAGAUAUGAGGCAGAUGGCCAGGAGGUGGCAUCAGUAGUAAGCGCUCAAGAGAUCAGGGUGGUGGCGGAGCUGCUGCAGAUCUCACCAGAGGGACUACAGAAAGCCAUCACCUAUAAAGUCACAGAGACGAUGCGAGAGAAGAUCUACACCCCUUUAACGGUAGAGAGUGCCGUUGAUGCCAGAGAUGCUGUUGCCAAGAUCCUGUACUCGCUGCUCUUCCACUGGUUAACAGAGAGAAUCAAUGCCCAGGUGUACCCUCGCCAACACGCCCUCUCCAUCUCCAUACUGGACAUUUAUGGGUUUGAGGAUCUGGCCUUCAACAGCUUCGAGCAGCUUUGCAUUAAUUAUGCAAACGAAUACCUGCAGUUCUUCUUCAACAGGAUCAUUUUCAGGGAGGAACAGGAGGAAUACAGAAGGGAGCAGAUCCCCUGGCAGGACAUACUGUUCAGUGACAACCAGCCGUGCAUUGACCUCAUCGCUGCUAAGCCUCAUGGGAUACUGAGGAUUCUUGAUGACCAGAGCUGCUUCCCACAGGCAACAGACCACACCUUCCUCCAGAAGUGUCAUUAUCAUCAUGGCAAUAACCCGCUGUAUCUAAAGCCAAAGAUGCCCCUCCCAGAGUUCACAAUUAAACACUUUGCUGGCCGUGUCACCUACCAGGUCUACAAGUUCCUGGAUAAAAACUAUGACCAGGUCCGACAGGACGUCCUAGACCUGUUCCUUCAGAGCAAAGACAAGAUGGUGUUAAACCUAUUCCUGCUUCACACGGAGGUCAUGGGUCAGCAGAAAGGAAGCCACAUGAGAAAGAGCAGCACAGUCACCAGGAAGUACCAAGCACCCACUGUCAGCACCAAGUUUCAGCUGUCACUAUUACAACUAGUGGAGAAGAUGGAGAGGUGUUGCUCCUUUUUUGUCCGUUGUAUUAAGCCAAACAAUAGGAAGGAUCCAGGUGUGUUUGAGUGUGACCUGGUUAGCAGCCAGCUACGAUACUCUGGUGUCUUAGAGACUAUUAGGAUCCGUAGAGAAGGAUAUCCUGUCAGACUGCCAUUUCACAUCUUCCUGUUCAGGUACAAGUCCUUGGUGGGAAUAAAGGAGCCUCCAGCCCCAAAUGGGGAGAACUGUGUGCUCAUGCUUAGUAAAUUGUGUCCCCUCAGACCAGGGGCCUUCCAUGUUGGAGUCAAUAAGUUGUUUCUGAAGGAAGACAUUUACCAGCUGUUGGAGGGGAAACGGGAGCGUGCCCGUCAUCUGGCCGCCCUCACCCUGCAGCGCUACACACGCAUGUUCUUUGUCAGUAAGCGUUACAUGGCCUUCCGCAACAAGAUCAUCGGGCUGCAGGCACACUGCCGUGGAUUCCUCACCAGGAAGCGCUACAUGAAGAUGAGAGAGAGUCUGGUCCGCUUUCGUUCUCUCAUCCACAUGUAUGUCAACCGCAAGAGAUUCAUAAAGAUCAAGCUUGAAGCUCAGAGGAAAGCAGAGGAGGAAAGGAGGAAAAGAGAAAUGGAGCUGACCAAGAGAGAGGUGGUUAAUGUCACACAUCUGGUGAUACCUGCAGAGCUGGGAGCCCUACUCCAGGGAGCAGCAGUUGGCAGGGAAUUACAUUCAGACUGCCUGGCUCUGCUCCAGGCACCACACAUCCGCGAAGAAACUCAGCUCACCUUACCUCUGGACAUCAACAACUACCCCUUCUAUCGCUAUGUUCAGGUCUAUUUCAGGCAACCAAAAUUUGGAAUUCUGAUGGCUCCUCUAGAGUCAUCCCUGACCCGCAUCAAUGAAGACCUGAGAGAGGAAGCUCUUGAACUCUUCGUUAUGGUGUUGAGAUUCAUGGGGGACCCCCACCUGAAUGGAGCCCAGGAAAACCUGUUUGGGAACUAUGUCAUCCAAAGAGGUCUGUCAUCACCGGGGUUACAGGAUGAGAUCCUGGCCCAACUGGCCAAUCAGGUGUGGCGAAAUGUCAACCCUGACAAUGCUGAGAGGGGCUGGCUGCUGCUGCUGGCAUGUGCCUGUGCAUUUGCCCCGUCGUCCAAGCUUGACAAACACCUGCUGAAGUUUGUGUCUGACCACGCACCUGUUGGUUGCCAGGCACUGUUACAACACAGACUCAUCCAGGCCAAUCAAAAGUCCCUGUUGGUUUCAGGCUCAGCCCCCGAGACGGCUCGGACCUAUCCGUUGUCUCUGCUGGAGUGGACAGCCAAUCGGAAGAAAGCCAAUAUGGCGCUGCAGGUGCACUGCUUUGAUGGCGUGUCAUUUCUCUGUCCAGUUCACUCUUGGACCAGUGGAGAGGAGCUAGCAGGGGACAUCCUGCGCCACAGGGGAGUGUCAGAUUGGUGGAGGGGGUGUUCUAUUCUGAUGAAGGAGCACGGCCAGUGGGUGGAGUUGGCCGGUCAUGACUACGUGAUGGACCUGAUCUCUGACCUGGAGCUUCCAGUUGACUUCCCCAAGCAGAAGAGCUACUUCAUCAUCAGCGCUGAGGACCCUGCCAGGGCCAGAGCUAACGCCAGUCUUACUCUUUUUGGUGGUGGUUUUGAUUCAGAUGAGGAUUUUCCUCCCUUCUUUCCGAUGAGCAGCAGCCGACCCGCCUACAGUUUGCCAGACUCUGAUGGAUACUUCAGCCAUGUGGAGUCAGAUGCAUUCAGUGAUGGUCAGACUCACCGAGGAAUGGACCGCUAUCUGGACAGUCUGUUUGACCCUGUACUGUCAGACAGCAGCCUGGACAUGGAGAGGACAGCCAGUGUCUCACGGAGGAUGAAGGGAGGAGGUGGUAUAGGCAUCGCAGGUGGAGGGGGAGAGGGGGAACAAGGUCAAGCAGCCCCCAGCCGACCCUAUCCUCCAGGAAUACACCCUGGAGGAUCAGAGCAGACAGUACUGCAUCAGCAGCAACAGGCCAUCAUCAACCAGCAAGCCAUCAUUCUGGCCCAGCAGAUGACCAUGCAGGCAAUGGCACUUCAGCAGCAGAUGCUGUCCUCUUUCCCCGCCAACCCCUCGGUCCCCCAGUUGCCGCCCGCACAGCAGCACACAUGCUCCCCACAGUGCUCCCACACGCCCAGCCCUACCAGAGAAAGUAUAGAAUCACCCUACAAGCAUGUCCCUGCCUCUGUCCAACGACAACACUCACAGCGAAAAAUUAGUCCAACGCGAGGCCCCCCUCCUGAGGAUGUGGUACGGGCCAGUGUGAAUAACACCGAGAGGAUGGAGCCCAGCCACGACAUCAAGGACAUCAUCAGACAGUACCAACCUCCCAGCACACCAGCUCCUACCAAACCUCCUCCAACACAAAGGAAAGGAGAUGGGAAGAUGUUUAUGAAGAAACCUGACCCCCAUGAUGAAGCAAUGGAGAUUCUUAAAGACCAGAUGGCCAACCCACCACCACAAACUCAGAGGAAACCAACAUCCCCCACUCUGUCCUCUCAUCCAAGAGAACAAGGGAUAGGUAAAAUGAUCAAACCUCACACUACUGGCCCAGAGAGCCCCACCCUGCCACCAGUCUCUAGAGAGUUGCCAAUAGAAGAGGAAAUCAUUCAGACCCAACUCCAUAGCCGGACCAGUGAAGAAUACUACACCUACACCAAUGUACCCUGGAAGCUGUACCUGAGGAAGGAGGUGUUCUACCCAAAAGAGACCAUCAACAGCCCUCUGAUACUGGACCUUCUCUUCAAACAGAUUGUCCAUGACAUUUUCUCUGAGGCCUGCAUCCGAGUCACCCAGGAGGAGAGACAGAAGAUGAAAACCCUUUUUGUGGAGAACAAAAUUGAUCAGAUGUCGGGAACACAGGAUGAGAAUGUGAAGAAGAAAGUGGUGGCGAUGGCCAGAGACUCCUGGGAGAUUUACUUUUCCCGCCUCUUCCCAGCCUCUGGUAGUGUUGGGACAGGUGUACAGGUGUUAUCGGUCUCUCAUAGAGGCAUCAAGCUGCUUAAGAUGGUGAGGAGCAGUGCUUCUGCUCCAGACUACUUUAGAGUAUUGAGACCUUACAGCUACUCGGACAUUCUGUUUGUUUCGAUCCCGUCCAAGAACAUGCUGGAGUUCAACCUGACAAACGAGAAGCUGAUCUUGUUCUCUGCCAAGGCACCACAGAUCAAGCAUAUGAUUGACUACUUCCUUACUGAACUCAAGAAGGACUCGGAGUAUGUAGUGGCGGUCAGGAACUACAUCACUGAGGACAGAACUCUCCUCAGCUUUCAUAAGGGAGACAUCAUUAGACUUCUGCACAUGGAGGAGCUGGAGGCUGGCAAAUAUUAUGGCUGCAUAGUAAGGAAGAAAGUCAUACUUCUGGAAGAGCUGAAGAGAAACACACCUGACUUUGGCUGGCGGUUCGGAGCUGUGCACGGGAAGUCUGGAGUGUUUCCCAGUGAGUACGUUCAUCCAGUGGCUGCCCCAGACUUCCUGGUUCUACCUGCUGAGAGGGUGGAGCCUCGAGACAGACAGGGACAGGUUGCCGCCUCAGCCGCAGUCGCUGUAGCGAUGGGUUCGGCAGUUGCCGCCCAUGAGCUCGAUCGUUCCACAGAGGUGGUAAAUGAGUUGUACGGAGACAGUGUGAGUGUAGACCUGGAGGAUCUACCUUUGCAUGGCAGCCAGUACCACAUGACAGAGUUUGCCAAGAAGUACUUCAGAGAGGCACAAAGAAACAGGAGUGACCAGAAGACCAAGAAGGGGAAGGAAGGCAGGGACCCUAUUGACAUGGUUAAAUUUUCCAAGUCUCCGAUCCAAGAGUCUCUGAUCGAUUUCUCUGAUAGUGGGAUGAACAGAGUGGCGGCGGACAUCUUCCUGGCCGUGAUGAAGUUCAUGGGAGACUGCCCUCUGAAAGGUCAGACUGAACAGGACUUGGUCAUCAACAUACUGAAGUUAAGUGGGGAUCAUGGCCUGAUGAAGGAUGAGGCUUACUGCCAGGUGAUGAAGCAGGUCACUGCCAACACCAGCUCUAAACCUGAUAGUUGUCAGCGAGGCUGGAGACUGCUGUACAUCCUGGCAGCAUUUCAUCGUUGCUCAGAUGUUCUGAAGCCCUUCCUGUCGAAGUUCCUACAGGAUGCCUGUGCCAGCCCUGGGGUGCAGUACCAAGGCAUCGCCAAGGCAUGUGAGCAGAACCUCAGGAGGACAUUCCUAUAUGGUGGCCGUGUGGAAUACCCCAGCAACAUGGAGGUCAAAGCUAUGCUGGCUGGGCGGAGCUCAAAAAGACAGCUUUUCCUUCUACCAGGCGGGAUUGAGAGACACUUGAAAAUCAAGACCUGCUCUGUGGCUCUGGAUGUUAUUGAAGAGCUUUGCAAUGAGAUGGGUCUACAUAGACUGGAGGCCAUGGAUGAAUAUGCCAUCUUUGUUGUCACACACAGAGGUCAGAACGUGCGCCCCCUCAACAAGCGUGAGUACAUCCUGGACAUUGCUACAGAGGCGGAGCCCGUAGACGCUAACUACAGCCUGUGGUUUAGGAGGGUCAUCUGGGGUCUUCCUCUCAAGCUCGACAAUGAACUCUACGUCACAAUGCACUACAACCAGGUGUUGCCAGACUAUCUCAAGGCCUUGUUGAGCGUUGUUCCUCAGGGCAAGGCCAGUGAACAACAACUGCAGCAGAUAGCCAGACUGGCUGCGUUACAGAACCGUGCCAAGGACACUGUGUACCUGCCCACCAUUCAUGAAGUGCAGGAAUGUGUCCCUCCUCAGUUUUACAGCAAACAGGGCCCCCAACAGUGGCUGAAUAUGACCACUCAGCACAUGCAGCAGGUCCAGCCCCUUACCCCGCACCAGGCUCGUGCACAAUUCUUAGGUCUGGUCAGUGCCUUUCCCAUGUUUGGCUCCUCUUUUUUCUACAUCCAGAGCUCUAGCUCAGCCUCUGCCCAUGCUCCUUGCAUCCUAGCUGUCAAUCAAAAUGGACUGCACUUCCUGAACAAGGAUACUCAUGAAGCCAUGGUGCGUUUUCCUCUGAAGCAAGUUCAGUCAACUCGUACCCAGAGACCAACAUCAGGCUCCAGCUACCCCUACGUGGAGAUUAUGAUAGGAGACCUGCUCACACAGCGCAUUACACAGCUACAACUUGAACAGGGCCUGGAGCUGUGUCGGGUCAUUGCCAUGCACAUGGAAAACCUGCUGUCAGUCAGGGAGAAGAGGCUGACCUUGCCACCGAGUGAAAUCACCCUACUAUAGUGCACACACACACACACACACACACACA